AUUUUUCUAGUGACACCAGACUCGAUUCAUACAUCUUUAGGUCCGGAACGGAGCUCCGUCGAGUCCUGAUCUCUGUCUGUUCAAUCUGGAAAUGGGCGCCGCUCCUAAGUCCCCGCUACUCUGCUGGAAAUGGCCAUGGGAUGCUAUCUCGAACCCUAAAAAUCCUAACGCUUGCGGGAACUUAGCGGUCCCAUGGCUCUUCAAAUCUUUGCAGAACCUGGGAUCUCUCGCGCAGAAUAUCCUCUUUAAUCCCGCUGCUGUCGCCACGAACGGCGAGCCUUUUAUGGAGCUCCGUCGCAAGCCUGCGAGGUUGUCGAUGGAUAGGCCACUCAAGCGGGAGGAGCAGGGGGAGGCGGAACAACGAGCACUGGCGUCGGCGCUGGCUAGUGGGAAGGAAGCGACGGUUGUCGAGUUCUACUCACCCAAGUGUAGGCUUUGUAAUUCUUUGCUCGAUCUUGUGCUAGAAUUAGAAGGCAGAAACUCGGAUUGGGUCAGCUUCGUCCUCGCUGAUGCUGAAAAUGAGAGAUGGCUUCCCGAGCUCCUUCACUAUGACAUAAAGUAUGUUCCCUGCUUCGUACUGCUCGAUAAACAUGGAAGAGCUUUGGCAAAAACAGGGGUUCCAAGCAGCCGAAUGCAUGUAAUUGCCGGCCUCUCCCAUCUUCUGCAGCUAAAGCAGCCUCCGAAUCAUAAAUCCAUGGAUUCAACUCUCAUGAGAGAGUUCACUUCAGAAUCUUGAAAAGAAAAAACUGGUACACACAAGAGGGAGCAAUUUAUGAGUCUUGAGCUCAUCUAUAUGCUUUUAAUCUUCUUAAAUAGAAAGAAAAACAGAAUGUUAGUGAGACUGAUCAUUUUUUUUUUUAUAGUGAGACUGGUCAUUAUAAUUGAUCGGUUAAGCGUGAUGUUUAAGGCUUCAUUUGGUGUGGCUUUUUUACUACUUAAAACAGCUUUCUAGUACAAAAAUUAUAAUUUUUGUACUUAAAAGUUGCUUUAAGAAGCUGUAAAAAAGCCGUCCCAAAUAAUACUUAAAUUUUCUGUACAUUUCUUUACUUGGAUGGACUGAUUUGAUUUGCUGGCUUAUGUUUC